AUGCCUCGUAAUGCUGCUCUUUCGCCCUCAGCGGCGCGCCGUGCUGCCCAAUGGACUUCGCACUUGCGACAGUUCAGCAAGUCGGGCUCCGACAGAGGCUUGACCGAUGCACCGCAGUCGUCCGAUACCGUCUCUCUAGCCAGUAACUCGACAGUCAGGGAAUCCAUGGCGCCGAAGAGAAUCCCCGAGCGAACGUGUACCGUGACCAUUAACGAGUCGGUCAUCCGCGACGAGGUGCUCUUGAAUCUGGACCUGGUUGGAAGCGGCGCCAUUCAGCCUGGCACGCUGAUGUCCAUCAGCGCAGUCAAAUCAGACACCGACCGGUCACAGGGCACCUUCUCUGGAUCCUCGAGACAAACAACAUAUCAGCGAAACUCAUCCGCCGCCGAAGACCCCUCCAAGACGGAUGGAGAUGCUGGCCAAAGAUACAUCUUUGUAGCCAGGGACAUGUCCAGGGAAAUAAAGGCUAGGAAUCCCAAUGUGGAGGUUUACGUCGCAAAACACAUCGGGGACGCCUUCAACAUGAGGAAGGGCACCCAGGUUGUACUUGCGCCCGUCGACCAUCUGUCGCCCGCCAUCGAAGCGUCCCACGUCGAGCUAUCCUUCAAAGACAUGUAUCUGUCCCGAGCCGACAUGUGGAGGCUCGCGGUCGCCGAUCUCUCUGACAGAACCGUGUACAAGGGCCAAGUGGUAUACUUCCUCGGGACCAUCAAAGCCACCGUCAGCACCGUCUUCGUCGAAGGCCGCAAGGUCCAGUCUGCCUUCUUUGGUCGUAAUACCCGCCCCAUCUUCCGAAGCGAGUCCGCUAGAUAUGUGCUCUUCAUUCAGAUGGCUCGCGAGAUGUGGGAAUUUGAUUCUGACGGUUCGGGGGAAAUCAUGUUCUACAAGGUCGUGAACGGGUUUCUGCCGGCUCUGUUCAAGAAAUGGGCCAUGCUCAAAGUCAAACACCUCGUCAGCAUCGUCCUCUUCGCAAGGGUUGAAUAUGACACCGGGUUGAACACCGAUCUGGCAAACACAACCCUUCACAAUGACUACUAUACUGGUUUCCAAACUUCUGGUGAAAAGCGCCCGUACAAGGACUUCUAUCGGGUCGUCGUAAGUGAGAUGUCUAGCGGCGAGUGGACGAGUAUUCUACAUCUGCUGAAGCUAGAGUUCAACGACUUUCGGCGUGAUAUCAGUCUUCACCACCGAGAUGCGAUGAGCAAUGCCAUGGAAAUUCCAGAAGACGCCACAGCAAAGGGCUCUUCUACCAGUAAGACCAAAGCAGAAUCAUCGUUGGCCAUGCAUGGGAACUUUCUCGAGGCGAUCAACCUCGCGUCUUCCAUUUAUGCCCAUGAUUAUAUCGACCGGGACCUGUUGCGUACCGGCAUUUCCUUGGUGGUGAUCAGUCCCGGGUCGGGUGUUUUCGAGGUCGAGUAUGAGUCCCUCCGACGGACCACCGAGGCUCUCGUGGGCAAUGGGAUUGGCAUUGACCUGAUAUGCAUCCCGAACCUGCCUCUACAUUCCGUCCCCUUGUUUAGAUACCGCAAUCCACACUAUUUGGGCGCAAAUCAGAGAUCCCAGGCCCGACCAUUACGCAGUCGAGAUAGUACACCGAAACAGCCUACGCCCUUGGUUGGUAGCUAUACCACGCUCUCCGAGUCGCUGUCACCUUCCAAGGGGAUUGAGCCAAGUAGCCGUGGAGAGUCGGCCAAUUCAAGGAUGUACGCUGAUGAGUGGGCUUUCGCACUGCCGCAGUGGCUGCAUGUCUCCUACUGGACUGGCAAACCCGAAGAAGCCUUGUCUUUUCAAGGCAUCACGCUGGCUGCGAUGAGCCAGCUGGGAGAUGAAUCCCAGGAGGAGUUCACCAUCCGAUGCAGGCUUUACGACCUUCAGAUGAGGAGCGUGUUGGAAACCAAUGAGAUCGAGACCUCUCCUCUCUACGCAGAUUCAUCUUAUGCCAGCCUCGCUCGCAAGCAGGGAGGCGGGUACUUUUUUUCAAGUGCCGAAAACCGUGCGUCGACACUCGCGCGGAAUCGGAAGGCACCGGACGCUCUUUUCGAACCAGUCUAUGGACUCCAGAAGUUCACACCUGAAAAGUUAACGAAGCCUGGGGAAACGUCGUUAUGGAAACAACUGCAGGCUUUUGACGAGUCUAGGGCUCGUCUUCCGUCACAUCGGCAGCAAACGAUUCCCAAUGGUCCCAAUUAUCGAGACCUUGACGAGGGCACCAAGAAGCAUUCAGUCGAAGAUACUGCGCUGUUCGGCACUUCCGUUGGGGACAAGAGGGUUCCUCCCCAGCCGUUGGCAUCACUUUCUUCCAGUGUUGCAUCCUCAAGCAGGGCUGAGUCCGAAGGCUCCGAAUCAAACGCAGUUUCUCGUAGGGAUUCGAAUGCGUCGAUUUCUCAGACGAGAUUCCCUCCUGCCAGAGCACCAAAGCUCAUGCGGCAAAUCAGUCUCGGUCAGCGUGGCUUUGGCAUUGCAGCUCCCAAGGCCGCAACGGCCGAGUUGCGGACGGAGCACGUCAGCGCGAUGCAGAAUGCAGGACUUGUCAAGACGCCCUCAUCAUCGAGACUAGCUCCAAUGACGCCAGCCAAGCCUACCGCUGCCGCUGCUGGGUCAUUAUCUCAGACCUUUGAGCAAGCAAGGCUCGAUCUGUCUGAACACAUCCUGGACAUGGCACCAAACACGCCAAGUCGGCCUAUACAAAUAAAGGGUCCAUCCCCAUCUGCGGAUCCGAUUCGCACAUUGAAGUCUGGCGCUGUGCUACCGACGCCUGUCGCCAAAAGUGUGCGCCGCGAUGACCCGGACCUGAAAUAUUCAAACGUCCUCAGAGAUGAAGACCAGAAGAGACUAUUCAAUUCGAAGCUGCGAGCAGGAGGUGUGCCGGAACUACCCUCGACGCUUUCGCCAACGACAGCAUUGGCACCGUGGCUGGUUGUCUUGAAUCCAUCUAAUCCUAAUGCGAGUAGAGUGGACGAUUCAGUUCUGUUCAGUCGCUGGCAACAUGUCUUUCCACGGCCGUCCGAGAUGAGAGUCAUGAAGUGGAAAUCCCUGUCAUGCCCGGCUGCUGUUCCCCUUACCACCGAGUACUUCCCAACCCAGGCCCAGUUCAAUGCAGAAUAUCAGAGGCAGCCAUACAACAUAGCCCGAGAAAUCGAUGACGACGACCUCUCGGAAGAACCGAAGUCCCGCGUGGAGUUCCUUAGAGAGCUCGUCAGCGCUCGUUUUGCCCACGGGUUCCAAGUCGUGAUUGGUCCAUCAGUAGCGAAGGCGUUUGACCAGAAGGCCGUUCGAAUUGCCGAUAUCUUCUCGGUCGAUAACACCGUGGACGAUGGGACGAGCAUUUUCAUGAGCGUCGGCAACACGAUCCAUCAGCUAUCGUGUGUUAACAGCACCGAAGUUGAGGUGAAUAUCUACGUGCGGAAACCGACCGAGUCGUUGGCGCAAACAGAGAAUACAUCAUACCAGUACAGGCCAGCCAUCCGUACUUUCCGCGAAGAAACCUACCAAAAUGCUAACAUAGAUAUCAUGACGCCUAAGCCCGAGCGCAACUGGAACUACAUAGACUCGUAUCUCGCUGGACACACAGAUGAGAUGACGGAAAACUUGAGGUUCUGGCGGACGCGUUUCGUGCUUAUACCGAUGUACGCCCGGACCAGUUCAGCCGUGCCCGCACCACACAACGAGGACGAUGAAGAGGAGGUGCGUCUCGAGGGCAUCAAGAGACUUGCUCAGAAUUGGCAGCGUCAUCGAUACAUGUCGCCAUCAGAGCGCCACUUUCAGAGUGCAGGUGCAAGAAAGCGAGACCCUAACCCGCUCGACAUCAUCUAUAAGACCGAAGAUUCUUCUGUGGUUAUCGCUGCUGAGAUGGAGACACUUCCUCUCUUUGAAAAUGUCGAAGCCACCCAUCGCAAAGGGUUGGUCUCGGACAAGGAACGCUUCUCGAAAUCCAAUUUCAAUGUGGCAGCCUUGGCGGAAGCAAUCCAACAACCAGUUGAGGCAGGCGGCAUCCGAAUGCAGACUCGGCGUUGGCAUUUCCGUCUGCACUACCACUGCUUCAUUGGGUCUGAUAUGACAACAUGGCUUCUCGACAACUUUGAAGAUCUCGGCAGUCGGGAAGAAGCUGUCGAAUUGGGCAACACUUUGAUGGUAUACGACGAUAACAAGUCCAAAGAAAAGGACACUAGCAAAGACUCGAAGAAGGCUCGAGAUCGCGGCAUAUUCGUCCACGUCGAAAAGCGCCACAACUUCCGUGAUGGUCAGUACUUCUAUCAGAUUGCUAGUGAGCAUGCCAAACUUCACCCGCCGGGAUGGUUCAACAGGAAAAGGGACUUCUCUGUCCCCUCGACACCAAUAUCCGAGCAUAUGCCCCGGAGCUCCCCACGACACGGCCAACCCAGUAUUCCAAGGCCAACUUCAAAUCAUGACGAGAAUCCAUCGGUAUCCGGAAGUUCUACGCCAACAGUAACGACGACCGGGGGCAAACGUCCGAAAGUCGUUCUCAGCAAGAUGAUGAGGUAUGAUGUCGACCACCGCAGGAAAUCCUACCGCCCAGAGAGGAUCAACCUUCACUAUGAGCGACUACACAACCCUGAUAAUUGCUAUCAUAUUCGCAUUGAAUGGAUGAGUGUGACAGCGAAGCUGAUCGAGGAUGCCAUAAAAAGUUGGGCGGCACUGGCAGCUCACCAUGGCCUCCGCCUCGUUGAAGUACCCAUCGCGGAGGCCUGUAUGAUCAACGAGAUAAACGCCUUCAGGAGGCCAUACUGCAUCAAACUCGCAGUACCGCCACCAGCCCAGCGACCUGUCACCUACUACGAUCCCGGCUCUUUCGGUCCACAAGCACCACCGGGUAAGCACUUUUAUCAGAAGGCUCUGCUCAAGAAAAUGGAGUACGUGCUCGAUCAUGAGGCCGCAUCCAAUUUCCCAAACAACGUGGACGUCAGUUACUCGUGGGGCAAGCCGGAUUUCAAAUACACCCAAUACAUCCACCGCUCAGGUGUCUUACUCGUAGAGAUCACCGACGAAGGCGAUUUCAUCGCCGUGGUCAACAGGCUCUACAGCAACCGGGCUGUUGCGACCCAACCCACUCAAGUGCGUACCGAGACGGUGCCCAAUGAGCGCGUCUCUCGUCUCAUGGCCAGCAGCGCAUACACCAACUACGGCUUGGUCGAACCUACUCCUAUCUCGUCGCCUCUGUCUAGGCCCAUACUCUUUCCCCAAUCGAAAUCUAGGGGAGCCUUCGAACCAUCGGCCGGCCGCGGCGGAAACGGGUCCAAAGCCGGUCCGGCGACCGACCAAGGAAUCCCGAAUCCCAUGGCACUCAUGGACGCCCUCGAGGCUUUCUGUCACGACACACAGACACUAGAGGCUUUCUACAGGGAGACGCUCGAGAAGGGCAUAGGUACACCGGCGGCGGCUGCUGCGGCGCUGGCCGCCAAUGCGGUGCCCGACGCGGGUAUACCGGUGCUCGGGCUCCCGCCCGGCGUGCUCAGUGGGGGGGAUCUGGGUGGCGGUGGCGGUGGCUUUGCGGGCAGUCCUGUGCCCACGCCCAGGGUCGGGACGCCUAGUAGCCUGGCGGGCGCCCUGCUCUUUAGACGAGGCAGUGUGCAGCAUUAG